AAGUGUAAAUGUAACUGCAUGUUCUUGGCUGCCAUGAAAGUCCCUCCAAAGAAACCUCAUUUUUUCAAACCCAUUCAAUCAGGUUUCAAGAAUGGUCUUAAAAUUCCUAUAGGUUUCUUGAAGUAUUUGAAGGGACAUGAUCAGCAUGAACAUGCAAUACUAAGAAGGGCUGGUAAGAAGUGUCUGGUGAAACUAAAUGAACAUCGAUUCGAAGAGGGUUGGGGAAAGUUUGCGGAAGAGCAUGAUGUGCAAUUGGGAGAUAUGUUGGUGUUUAGACAUGAAGGAAAAAUGGAAUUUGAGGUUUCCAUCUUUGAUUCAACUCAUUGUGACAGAGAAUAUGCAGAGUAUAUGCAAAUACAAGAAGAGGACGAAGACGAGGAUGAGGACGAGGACGAUGAGGAGAAGAACGAGGACGAGGUACAAGAAGAAGGAGAGACUUCCAAGAAAUUUGAAUUCAAUGGUAAGAUCUUUAGAGUCUAUUUGUUUAUACUUGAUGGAUUUGCAAGUUAG